AUGUCCACCGCCUCGGAGCCGUGCCCCGGGAUCUCGACGGGACCUUUCGCGGAAUGGCUGAUACGGAUAUUUGCCCACCUCUCGGCGGGUGCGUAUCCAUAUGCAUCGUUCCCGGGGGAGAUGCCGGGGUUGGCCACAGGCAGUUGUGGGCGUGGAUACCCCCUGGCGAUGCACAGGGGGUACGAGUGCGUCCUCAUUACCGACGGUACUGGUGCCACCAAGCGCGAAAACCACGACGCCGCCAUCUCCAUUCGGGGGAUGCAGGGCGGCGUCUUCGGCGCCGUGGCCAGCGCGGAGGCCGUGUGCGCGGCCCUGGACGCCCUGCCGCGCGUGGACCCCGCGGCCGCGGCGGCGGCCGCGGCGGCGGGGCGCGGGGCCGAGAAGGCGCGGCUGCUGUCGCAGGUGCGGGCGGCGCUGGCCGCCGGCGUGGUCGGGGCGGCGGAGCUGCGGGAGCUGGCCGGCGGCGCCGGCAGCCCAGGCGACUCCUCGGCGAAGCGGGCCAAAACGUGA